UCUCAGGGUAGCUCCAGCUGUCCUUCCCGCAGUUGGCCCUGUGGUGUUCCGAAGCCGGUUACGUACGGCCUGAGGGCCAGGCGAACCUCAGGCUCUUUGUCCUACUAAAAAGCGCAGGUAUUUUCUGUUUCUCUGCACAGCUGGGUCUCUCGGCAAGAAUAGAAAGCAAAGGUUUGGGAUUUUGUCUAUAAAAGGGGAUGGGUUUUGUAUGUGUGGCUGUUGAAUUACGGGAGGAGUCACUAGGGAAAGAACUCCUCAGUGCUAUUAAGAGACUCACUUUCGUUAAACUCAUUGAUUUUUCCUGAGGAUUCUACCUUUAACUGCCUAAUAUGUCCGACUAGUUGUGGGAGAUGGUGCUAAGGCGCCAUUGUUUUCAUGUGCACUUUUUAUUAAAGUGGGUUUUCUCUGUGAAUGUGGUCAUCAUUCAGAAUACAGGCGAUACACUUAACCACUGCGAUUAAAAAGUCACACUUUUAGUUAGCACAUGUCGCGUGUCUGAUUUGCUUGGAAGAAAUUAUCAACUUUUGACAUAAAUUGUGUUACUUUAGUGUAUGUGGAAAUAUGGGGCCAUAAAUAAUCUCAGUUUCAGUUUGCCUCUGUAAAGGCUGUAAUUGUCUCCUUCGUUGUAUGACAGUAUUUGAAAGAUGUUUCAUGUAUCUUUGGCACCGUAAAUAAUUUAAACCGAAUAAGUGGGUGUAAUGGAGAUAAAUGGAGUUAGAUAGCCGAAAACUGGAACAAAAUAGAUGCGCUUAAGUUAUUCUGUUAACCUGGCACACUGCCUUACUCCUGUAAUCCUAGCAUUUUGGAAAGUGGAGGUCGGAGGAUGGCUUGAAGUCAGGAGUUUGAGACCAGCCUGGGUAACGUAAUGGACUCUUUCAUUGCUAUUUUCGCAUCAGGGACUGGUUUAGUGGAAGCCAGUUUUUCCUCAGACAAAGGUUGCGCAGGGGAAGAAGGCGGCGAGGUGGACAGGUUUGGGAGUGGGGGCUGGCGGCAGGUCUCCGAGGGGCACGUGGUGGGGCGGGUCUUCCGGUAGGAGCAAUGUGACAGAGGCCAGGUGGGGCAGUGAGGCUGUCACGGGGACAGGGAGGGCCAGCGAGGGAGUAGGGAGGAUGGUUUCCGGAUAAAACUGUACCACGUCAGGUCAUCCUCAGGCCUUACAUUCUCCACAGACAGGUAUUACAUGUCAUCCUCCGGCAUCACAUUCAGGCCACAGAUAGGUACGGGUUGAAGGCUAGGGUUUGGGGAUCUUUGACCUAUUGUAUAUUUCAAAUCACUAAAAGAUGGUAAAAUAUUUAAAAUAUUCUCCUCCUAGAACAUUUUCAGUAGCUUGAUUUCAUCUCUUAUCCAAAUAUCAUGCUGAGUGUGGUGAGUCACCCUCGAAAUCCCAUCACUUUGGUAGUCCCAAGCCGGCAGAACACUUGAGCCGAAGAUUUGGAGACUAGCUCGGGCAAUAUGAGGAAACCGUUGUCUAUUUUUAAAAAUACAAAAAAAUUUCCCAGCUGUGGUAGAAAGCACCUGUAGUACUAGCUACUUGGGAAGCCGAGAUGUAGGAAGAUCAGUUGAGGCUGGGUGGAAGAGCCUGCAGCGAGCAGUUCACUUUGGCCACAGGAGACAUACAUCUCAAGAAAGCAAAUAUGCAAAACAUCACACUGUACCUCAUACAUAGAUUGUUUUCAAAUAAAAUUAUUUAAAUGGGGACAUUCUUCAUAUUGCAACUUAGGAAAAUUACAAUAGCUUUUCUUAUCUAAUUUUUAGAAAUGAGAUUUUGUCAGGUACAUACUAAAAUGCAGCAUGUGUCCAUGAAGUUAGUGCCCCUUUGCUCUGAGUGUUACAAAUUUUACAUAUUUAAAGUCAGAAAUACUAAAAAGAUGUCAGCCUCGGGAAGGGAAUUUUACUUGGGUUUUCAGCACAGUAUGUAAUAAAAUUUUAUCUUUUUAGCUUAUUUACAUCUAAAUAUAGAUAAUGUUUUACCAUUUACAGCACAAUGGUAGAAGCAGAUCAUCCUGCCAAGCUUUUCAUUGGUGGCCUCAAUAGAGAAACCAAUGAGAAGAUGCUUAAAGCAGUAUUUGGGAAACAUGGUCCCAUAUCAGAAGUUCUUUUGAUAAAGGAUCAAACCAGCAAAUCCAGAGGUUUUGCAUUUAUUACUUUUGAGAACCCUGCAGAUGCUAAGAAUGCUGCCAAAGAUAUGAAUGGAAAGUCUUUGGAUGGAAAAGCAAUAAAAGUAGAACAAGCCAAGAAACCAUCUUUUCAAAGUGGUGGUAGGCGGAGACCACCAGCUUCUUUGAGAAACAGAAGCCCUUCAGGAAGUCUGAGAUCUGCAAGAGCAAGCAGUGGAGGAAAAAGAGGGUGGCUUCCCUCACAUGAAGGACACCUGGAUGAUGGUGGAUACACUCCUGAUCUCAAGAUGAGUUAUUCUAGGGGACUCAUUCCAGUUAAAAGAGGUCCAUCUUCAAGAAGUGGAGGUCCUCCUCCGAAAAAAUCUACUCCUUCUGCUGUGGCAAGAAGCAGUAGAUGGAUGGGAAGCCAAGGUCCCAUGUCACAAAGAAGAGAGAAUUAUGGAGUUCCUCCACGCAGAGGGACAAUAUCUUCCUGGAAAAAUGAUCGCAUGUCACCAAGAGAUGAUGGUCAUGCAACUAACGAUGGAAAUCAUCGAAGUUCCCAAGAAACUAGGGAUUAUGCUCCACCAUCUAGAGGCCAUGCAUACUGUGAUUAUGGUCAUUCUCGACGGUAUGAAAGUUAUUCUAGAGGAUAUAGAAAUCAUCCAAGUUCCCGAGAAACCAGGGAUUAUACUCCACCACCUAGAGACUAUGCAUACCAUGAUUAUGGUCAUUCUAGUUGGGAUGAACAUUCCUCUAGAGGAUAUAGUUAUCAUGAUGGCUACGGUGAGGCCCUUGGUAGAGAUCAUUCUGAACAUCUAAGUGGAAGUUCUUAUAGAGAUGCAUUUCCGAGAUACGGGACCUCUCAUGGUGCACCACCUGCACGAGGACCUCGGAUGUCUUAUGGUGGAAGCACCUGCCAUGCAUAUAGUAAUACACGAGAUAGAUAUGGCAGAAGUUGGGAGAGUUACUCAAGGAGCUGUGGUGAUUUUCAUUAUUGUGAUCGUGAGCAUGUUUGCAGAAAAGACCAAAGGAAUCCGCCUUCUCUGGGUAGGGUGCUCCCUGAUCCUCCGGAAGCAUAUGGUAGCUCAAGUUAUGUGGCAUCUAUAGCAGAUGGUGGGGAGCGUCGAUCUAAAAAAGGAGACUCGAGCAGAUAUUAAAGCAAGCAUUCAAAAUAAUAGUUAUUGCAUACCAAACCUUGUUUGCAAAUCAAAAAUUGAAAUGUUAUUUCUGCAUCGUUACCUGCAUAUUACUAAAAGAAACAUGUUGGUUUUGUGGAGAGAGGUAGAUACUAACUUCCUCCAUGAAUUUUUUGAGGUAUUCAAAGGAAAAGGAAUUGUUUUCAAAGUAAUUUCAUAGUUUUUGAUGCUAUUUGAAAAGUGUUUAGAUGUAAUAUCUACCUUAAAAUUUUCACAAUAAAAUUUUACAUGUACUGC